CGCCAAAAUCCUGCUCAGAAUCACCUUUGUCAUCCACCCUGAAUGUAAUCAUCGCCAGCAAACACGCGUUGAAGUGUCGGGGUAUUUCUAAUAUGGACCUGGAGAUUGUCGCAGCGAAACUACUGUACGGGUGGAAGAGCGACGACAGCGCGUUUGGAGAAGAUGUGGACGCGCUCCAGUCCUCCUCACCAGACUCCCCCUCCGUAGACUCCAUGUGUUCCUCGCCGGAGAUGUGCUACUCCAGCGGGCAUCAAGAGAUCAAUGAUUUCUCUUUUAGCCUCACAGGACGCAGGGGGGCUCCAGCUGCGCAAAGGCAGAACAAGCCCAAGAUGUCCACCAAAAGACGCAUGAAGGCCAGCGAGAGGGAGAAGAUGCGCAUGAGGAGUCUUGCUGAGGCUCUGCACCAGCUCCGGGACUACCUGCCGCCGGACUACAGCAAAAGAGGCCAGCCCCUCACCAAGAUACAGACCCUCAAAUACACCAUCGAAUACAUCAACAAGCUUUCCGACAUCCUGAGUCACGCGUAACGGAGCUCUUUUACGCACGGGGUUUGUCCGCAUUACUGGACAUUUGAUGGACUUGACUUGAUCUCCAGUGAAAAGUACCACAUUCUAACUUAAUCAGUAAAUGUCAUGUAAUAAUUUUUCUCUUUGCCCUUCAUGUGAUGUAAAUAUUUUUAACGGGCACUUGGCAGUUAUUUUCUUUUGUAUACGAGACUGCCUUUGUUGGGAUUUAAGUGUUUGGAAACUAAGUUUGCUGUUAACUGAGAUGUAUAUGUUGUUGGGUAUGAAAUACAACCGCACUGAUGAAACAAAAUAUAUCAAAUAAUGUCUGUUGUGGGUUUUUAAAGUAUUGUUUUUUUUAUGUCUCAUCUAUGGGAUAGUAGUAUUUCACCAUAGUGCAUGCUAAAUGUGUGUUUGGGAGUGACAAUAAACCAUUUCCAUGAUUAAGCUUUUAAUAUAUAUUAGAAAUUAAGUAGCUGUAUGAUAUUUUGAAGUUUUGUUUUGUAUAAAGCUAUUAAAUAAUUGUUGCUUUUGUGAAGGACCAGCAAACUAUUAAA